GAGCAGAAACCGUUUGGGAUAGAUCGGCGUGAGAAGAACGCAGCUGAGAAGGGUGUGGAGAAAAAAGCACAGAAAGCUUAAAGUUAGGGUUUAGCAAUGGAGGGUUGGGAUCCGAAUACGAAGUCGACACUGACCAAAAUUCCAUUAUUGACGAUAAAGGCAGGUCCAAGGGACGGAGCGGCAUGGACGCAGAGGCUGAAGGAAGAGUAUAAAGGGUUGAUAGCCUACACUCAGAUGAACAAGUCCAACGAUAACGACUGGUUCAGGAUCACUGCCGCAAAUCCUGAGGGGACAAGGUGGACAGGAAAGUGUUGGUACGUUCACAAUCUUCUCAAAUACGAGUUUGAUCUGCAAUUCGAUAUCCCCGUGACCUAUCCAUCUACCGCUCCUGAGCUCGAGCUCCCUGAACUCGAUGGAAAGACUCACAAGAUGUAUAGGGGUGGGAAGAUCUGCUUGACUGUGCACUUCAAGCCGUUGUGGGCCAAAAACUGUCCCAGGUUCGGUAUUGCACAUGCUCUUUGUUUAGGUCUUGCACCAUGGCUUGCAGCAGAGGUGCCUAUCCUUGUUGAUUCGGGUAUGAUCAAGCACAAAGAUGAUGCAGCCUCAUCUGCUGGUUCUUAGCAUUUCCCAUACUGUUAAUGUCAACAAAUGUAAUGGUUAACUCUAUCAAUCAAACAAAUAAAUAUUUAGAUUCAUGUAGCUGGAUGUCCCUUUUGAAGUGCAAAUUAUAUUUGAGAAGGUACAAUAUUUAUAACAGUAUUAAAUAGUUAUAUCUGAGCUU